AUGCUCGCCGUGCUCUCCCUCACCAACAAAUACCUCUACUACGAAGAGCGUGUCUACGAAGGCCGCAGCUCCGUGAACGAGACGUACAUCUUCUCCACCUUCUGGCUGGGCGAAGAAGGCCUCAUCUACAUCGAAGCCUUCGACGAGACCAUGGUUCGCAAGGUCGUUAGCGGCAUGAACGUCUUCCUCUCCGCGCGGCGCAACGCUUUCCAGCUCAUCCCGAUCACCGAGCGCACCAAACUCAUCGACAAUCCGCGUCCCAACAAGCCCAUCCCGCUCAACGCUUUCGUCCGCGUCGGUAAAGGACUUUACCGCGGGGAUCUGGGACAAGUAGUGCGCCGAAUGGACGACACGGAGCAGGUCGUGCUGAAAUUGGUCCCGCGGAUUGACAUGAGCGAGUUCGAAGGAGGCUCGUACUCCGCGGCGUCCGUGCGGCCCGAGGCGAAGCUGUUCGACCCGAGCCGGUUCCCUGAGGGGCGUGUGUCACGUCGGAACAUCGCGAAGUUCGGCGGGCUGUUCUUCGAGUAUAAGGGGAAUUACUACCGCGACGGGCUGCUGUUUAAGGAGUUCGCGAUGAAGGACGUGAAGAAGGAGGACGUGAACGCGACGGAGGAGGAAAUGAAGGAAAUUAAAUCGGUGCGCACCAAUUCUGUGGUAUCGCAAACGGUUCAUUUUGAAGCAAUCGAUUCGUCACGGCGCUACUUUGUUCAAUGUGCGAUUAUCUCCAAUGGACAAGAGAUCGCAAAGACGGAUAUCACUUCCUUUAGCAAUGUUCCAAAGCGUGUUUCCUUUUUUUACAUCGCGGUAAAAGCGAUCAUUAUCAUUUUGCUCUGUCUCAUCACCGCUCUUCUCAUGUCUCUCACGUAUUUCCAUCGUCGUCAUACCACUCUAUAUGACAAUGAUGAGUCGGAGAAAGUCGCUUUGCUGCGCAGAAAACCCAGAUUUCCGCCCACGCCACGUACGUUCUGCCAGGAUUUCGAAGCGGGGGAAAGAGUGAAAGGCAGCAAGGAGCUUCUUCGGUAUCAUCAAAACGAUACGAAGGAGGAAAAGAGCGAUGAGAAGAAUGAAGGGAAUGGGAUGGAGUAG